UGAACCAGCUGGUAACUGCCGAUUGGCUGGCGCGCGGGGCGGGGCGAACGCCCGCGGGCCCGGCUGUGGGAGGGGGGGGAAGGCCUUGGCUGGGGUCGGUGGGAAGUGGGGGCUCCGGGUAGCCGGGGCGGCCCUGAGCUCGGCCAGCGGAGGAGGAGUGGAGCUCACGGCGCCGGCGCGGGAGGCGGAGGGGUGAAGUCAGGGCUGAGUGGGCGGAAGUGCGCUGAGCCUGACGUGAGGCCCUGAAGCGGGACGGAGGGGAGCUUGAGCCGCCCCGCUCCCUCCCUUCCGGGCGUUGGGGCGCUCACACACUCGGGCACAAUACGACACGUAUUCCAAGUGCCAGGCUGUUGAUUUGUCCAAUUAUAGGGCGUAGAACACUACAUCCUGCUGCUGCCUUCCCUCGUAUCCUGCUUUGUCAGGUCCACGUGAGCCAUGGCCCAGGAACGAGGACAGGUACCGCUGCCUAGAGCUGAUGCUAUUCGCUCGCGGCUUAUCGACACCUUCUCUCUCAUAGAGCAUUUGCAAGGCUUGAGCCAAGCCGUACCAAGGCACACUCUCCGGGAAAUACUUGACCCUUCUCUCCAGAAGAAACUCAUGUCAGGAGACCAGCACCAGCUAGUGCGCUUCUCCAUAAAGCCCCGGCAUAUGGGCCACAUCACACACUCCCAGCGAAUGCUGAGCAGGCUCCGUGUGCGGUGCAGCCAGAGACCACCUCUUUCCCUGUGGGCUGGAUGGGUUACUGAGAAUCCUAUCUUCUCGAAAUUCAUCAUCUCCCUCAUCUUUCUCAAUACAAUUGUACUGAUGGUCGAAAUAGAAUUGAUGGAAUCCACAAAUACUAAACUGUGGCCAUUGAGACUGACUCUGGAGGUGGCAGAUUGGUUUAUCUUGUUUAGUUUCAUUUUAGAGAUCCUUCUAAUGUGGAUGUCUGGCUUUACUCUCUUCUGGAAUAAUGCCUGGAAUGUCUUUGACUUUGUUGUUACCAUGCUGUCUCUGCUUCCUGAGUUUGUGGUGUUGAUGGGAGUCUCGGGGAAGUCCGUGUGGCUCCAGCUGCUGAGGAUCUCCCGGGUGCUGAGGUCUCUCAAACUGUUUGCACGAUUCCGUCAAAUUAAAGUUAUUAUAUUGGCUCUGGCCAGGGCCCUGAAGAGCAUGACAUUCCUCUUGAUGCUGCUGCUUAUCUUCUUCUACAUUUUUGCUGUAACCGGUGUUUACUUCUUCCAAGACUAUUCCCGUUCAACUAUUGAGAACCUGGAAUAUAACAUGUUCUUCUCGGACCUACUCAAUUCCCUAGUGACAGUGUUCAUCCUCUUCACCUUGGAUCAUUGGUAUGCAGUACUUCAGGAUGUCUGGAAGGUGCCAGAAGCUAGCCGUGUCUUUAGCAGCAUCUAUGUGAUCCUUUGGUUGUUGCUUGGCUCCAUUAUCUUUCGAAAUAUCAUAGUAGCCAUGAUGGUUACUAACUUUCAGAAUAUCAGAAAUGAGCUGAGUGAGGAAAUGACCCACCUGGAGGUUCAGUAUAAAGCUGACAUAUUCAAGCGACAGAUUAUUCAGAGGAGACAAAACCUGUCCCGUGGAUCAGUAAGAGGAACAAGUCAAGGAAAGCCCUCCGAAGACUUAUUAGGACAUUCUAAAGAGUUUGUAGCCAGUGAUCCUGGAAAAAAUGAUGCCAACAAAAGCGAAGACGCCGAAAAAAGUGAUGACGCCGAAAAAAGUGAUGACGCCGAAAACAGUGAUGACGUCGACGAAAGUGAUGAUGUCGAAAACAGUGAUGACGUCGACGAAAGUGACGAAGUUGGAAAGGUACAAAAAGAACCACCAAAAGAACCACCAAAAGAACCACCAAAAGAACCACCAAAAGAACCACCAAAAGCCAAAGUCUACUCAUCAUCCUCUUCUGACGCUUCAUCCUCCUACAGUUCUUCGUUAGCUGAUUUGGAUCAUGUUGAUAACUUGGACUGGGAGACUCUUGUGCAUGAGAACCUGCCUGGGUUAAUGGAUAUGGAUCAAGAUGACCGUGUUGUUUGGCCCAGAGAUUCACUUUUUCGAUAUUUUGAGUUACUAGAAAAGCUUCAGUAUAACAUAGAGGAGCGCAAGAAGUUGCAAGAAUUUGCAGUCCAAGCCCUGAUGAGUUUUGAAGACAAGUAAAGGUACAAUAGAUGGCGGCACAUUUCUCGGCCCAGCGAAGGGAAUGGUUGAAAAAAGAGAAUUCAAAAUAUAAAUAUCUAAUAAAAACCACUAGUGAAUAUUUCUGGUAAGUAAGUUAAUUAAAUAUUUUUAUGAGAUGCUGAUGAUACAAAAAGGCAAAAAGUACUUGAGAGAGGCUGUUGGAGCCUGUGCUUCCUUCUGAUUGGCCAGCCUGUCUACAGCCCCUGAUAUGGCUCUUCAUGACCGUACAGUCUAGCCCAUUUCUUGUAACUUCUACUUCCUAGUAAGAGUGCUGGUUUCUCUUUGUCUUGGCUACAGUCUGUGCAGGCUUCUGUGUGGAAUAACCCUGUCCUCAGAGAUGUCGGUUUAACUACUUGAGAGGUCAGGUUUCCAUCGCCUACUCUGCUAAUGCUCCCUUGGGCAGCAUUAACUUUCUUUUCUUUUUUUGUUUUUUGAGACAGGGUUUCUCUGUAGUUUUGGAGCCUGUCCUGGAACUAGCUCUUGUAGA